UGACGGAGGUGGGACAGCAGCAUUGGCUUUGUGACGCGCUGCAGAGCGGAUUGUGGGUAAUCGUAUUAUUGUAGCAAGCAGAGAGACGUCGGGCGCCAUUUUGCCAGUAGCGACGGGGAGAACAUAAAGGAAAUAGAAAACAGUUUUAAUAACAAUCAUUUUCGAAAAAAGAACAAAGUAGUCGGUAGGAAAGGCGAAGCAAAGCGACUUUGCUGAAAAAGCGCCAAGCACAGAACGGGGAAGAGGAUGGCGGUCGACAGAAGGGACGAGAAAGAUGGUGAACUUAAUGUGUUGGAUGACAUCCUGACUGAGGCACCUGAUCAAGAUGAUGAGCUGUACAACCCUGAGAGUGAACAUGACAUUAAUGAGAAAAAAGGAUCAAAGAGGAAAAAUGAUCGAGGCGACCAUAACGACAGCAAAAGGCCAAGAUCUUCAGGCCAUUAUACCAGGCAAGCUGUCAAGAGAGCUGCAGGUUCCACCAUAAGCAGCAGCAGCAAGAAACCCAUGAAUGCCAGAGGCAGACAUUCUUCAGACUACAAGAAUGAGGAAUAUCACUAUGAUAGAAGUAAGGACUGUGCUGACAGAAAGAACCACUCUGUAAGAGGGAGCAGCUCCAGGGAUGCUCAAAAACCUGUGAGCAGAAGAAAGGAUUCAGACAGGAGGAUUAAACCAUUAAUGGCAGAGGUACCACAGAAACUGCGUCGCACCAGUGUGGAAAGCGGGAGGGCAAGCCGCUCUUCCAAAGAGGGUGCAAACUCAGACGAGUACGGGUCUGACCAGGAGACAGGAAGCUCGGCAUCCUCUGAGGGAAACAACUCUGAGGACGAGGGGAUGGAUGAGGAGGGAGUUGAGUGUGAUAAAGUUGAUGGGGAGGAUGAAGAGGAGGAUGAAGAGGAGGAGGGAGAGGAGGAGGAUGAGGAUGAGGAGUAUGAGCAAGAGGAGGUAGAUCAGCGGGAGAGGAAUGAAGAAAAUGACUACGACACUCGCAGUGAGGCCAGCGACUCUGAAUCCGAGUCGGUGUCUUUCUCCGAGGGGGAAUCUAUUAGAUCUGGAUCAGGAUCUGAAGCUUCAGAUAAGGAGAAAAAAGAGAAGAAGCGGGCUAGAGGGAUUUCUCCAAUCGUUUUUGAUAGAAGUGGAAGCUCAGCUUCAGAAUCUUAUGCAGGGUCAGAGAAGAAGCAUGACAAACUUUCAUCCUCUGUGCGAGCUGUUCGCAAAGAUCCAACAAGUAAGCUGAAAUAUAUACUUCGAGACGCAAGGUUUUUCCUUAUUAAGAGUAAUAACCACGAAAAUGUCUCCCUGGCCAAAGCUAAGGGGGUGUGGUCCACACUUCCAGUAAACGAGAAGAAGCUAAAUGCUGCAUUUAGAUCAGCCAGAAGUGUUAUCUUGGUAUUCUCUGUGAGAGAAAGUGGAAAGUUUCAGGGUUUUGCAAGGCUUUCAUCGGAAUCCCACCACGGAGGGUCACCAAUACAUUGGGUUUUACCAGCGGGAAUGAAUGCAAAAAUGCUUGGGGGUGUGUUCAAAAUUGACUGGAUUUGCAGACGUGAGCUGCCCUUCACAAAAACUGCACACCUCUCAAAUCCAUGGAAUGAACAUAAGCCAGUGAAAAUUGGACGUGAUGGACAGGAAAUUGAAUUGGAAUGUGGAACUCAGCUUUGCCUACUGUUUCCUCCUGAUGAAAGUAUUGACUUGUAUCAGGUGAUUCAUAAAAUGCGCCACAAGAGGAGGAUAAAUUCUCAACCACGCUCGAGAGGACGCCCCGCCCGCCGAGAACCAGGUCGCGAUGUGGGAAGGCGUCGACCAGAGGAAUUUGACAUGCAAAGCAGAAAAAGACCAAGGAUUGACUAUCCACCUGAAUUUCCUCAGAGACCAGGUUUCAUGAAAGACCCUCGAAAUCAACAUGUAGACAGACGUUUUACAGGAGUGCGACGGGAUGUGUUUCUAAAUGGGGCACUCCCUAGCUGGCCACGUCAAACCUCCCAAGAGCAGCACAAGUCUUACAAUGAUUAUAUGAGGGAAUUUCAUCACAGCAUCGGGCCACCCCCUCCCUGGCAGGGAAUGCCCCCCUAUCCUGGAAUGGAACAGCCACCACAUCAUCCUUAUUACCAGCAUCAUCCACCACCACCUCAACCUCACCCACCAUACUCCGGACAUCACCCAGUGCCACAUGACACCAGAUACAGAGACAAACGUGUGCAUGAUUAUGACAUGAGAGUGGACGACUUCUUGCGGCGCACACAGGCAGUGGUGAGCGGGCGCAGGAGCCGUCCCCGGGAAAGGGACAGGGAACGUGAGCGCGACAGACCCAGGGACACACGCCGAGACAGAGAACGCGACAGGGGCCGGGAGAGAGACCGAGAGAGGGAGCGGAUCAGGGACAGGGAGAAGGAAAGGGGAAGAUACCGAAGAUAAUAACCCAGCACUGUUGAAUACAAAAUCCUUUGUGUUUACAAUUGUGAAACUUUGUUUAAGUUGUCCCUUUUUAUAAGAAACAAAAAACAAAUUACUUUUUUGUAUAUUAGAACCAAUGGCCCAUGUAUGUUUUGUGCAUGUAGUGUAACGAACUGGAGAAAAAUCUACCAAAAAUGCAUAUCUUAAACCUUUUCUUGUUUUUGUUUUUAUUUUUUAUUUGAGCAGGUGCAAGAAUAUAUGUAUAUAUCCUGUUUUAUAUGGACACAACUACCUGUUUGCCUUUACUGUUGCCCAGUUAUGUGUUAAUCCUGAAAACCAGGGAUGGUAUCCCUGCUCUCGCCACAUUCUUUGUUGUUUGUUAUUGCACAUGGUUAAAUGAAGAUGUUGCUGCUAAUAAGGAGUAUUCAGCUGUACUUGUACAGUGUAAUGAUGACUGUAUGGCAGUGUUGUAGCAAGUACUUUUUUUAUAGUCCUUUUUAGAUUUCAAACCAUGUAUUUUCCAGUGUUGAAAGAUAAAAGCAAUAUUAAGACACUAUUGCCACCUAUUUUAAACUUAUUUUCAACCGUUUCCUUUAGGACCACUUAGGUUUCCAAUCAAUACUAUAUAUGGCUUAAACUAAUAUACAGUGGCUUGCGAUGUACACAACUUUUAGUAUGUGGUUUACAAAAAAAAAUGGUAGAGUAUCAUUUAGUGAUACUUUUGAUAUGAAAUAAUAAAAAAAAAAAAAAUCUGAUUGUAUUUUUGCUUUGGAAUUGUUUCAUGCUAAGACCAUAUUUUUCUUCAAAGUACAGGCUUUGUAAGUACAAUUUUAUUUGGGAGAAAUGCAUGUAUAUUGGUAUUUAGUCUUUUCUGGACUCGGUGACAUUGGUUUUCAUGUUAUGAAUUUGAAUUAGUACAAAAAAUAGCGUAAUCUCUUUAAAUGCUUGAGGUGUGUUCUCUGCCUACAAGCAUGAUGGUAUUUAAAACUAGAAAUCUGUGGGAAAUGGGUGUUUUGAAUAUUUCAAAGAAUUCUUUUAAAUAUAAUAUAUUCAAAACUGGUUUUACAAGAAUCAUAGUAUUCGUUUAUUUUAUUUAUAAUCCUGUACACUCAGAGGCAGCCCACUAGAGGGAGCCGUGGAUACUGGAUGUAAUUGUUCAAUUUUAACCCAGAACAUAUUGUGAAGUUGCUAAGUAAAAAGUGUCUGGUGUAAUUGCUUCAUUUGUGUUUUGAAAACCAUCUAUUAAAUUAGUUCUAGCUUUAAUGGGAUGAUUUAGCUUGGGUACUAGGCAUUUCCUCAUUGAGACCAAGUCAUCUGUAUACAGUGCUUACAGGUUCUAAAAUCAGAAGAGAAUGACUCUUGCACUGACUUGAUAUUACAGCUGGUAAGGAGAACAUGGUGUCAAAUGUAGGGGAGAGAUUUUGUACUUGAAAAGGUAAUUAAGAAAAUAUCCCUUGAAUACAACCUAAACUAUAAAUAAUGUUUGUUUCA